AUGUCCUCGUUUUCUAUGACGGAGUCUUCGUUGUACUCGUUUUCUCUAGCGGAGUCUUCGUUUUACUCGUUUUCUCUGGCGGAGUCUCCGUUGUCCUCGUUUUCUCUGACGGAGACUUCGUUUUCCUCGUUUUCUAUGACGGAGUCUCCGUUGUACUCGUUUUCUCUAGCGGAGUCUCCUUUGUACUCGUUUUCUCUGACGGAGUCUCCGUUGUACUCGUUUUCUCUAGAGGAGUCUCCGUUGUCCUCGUUUUCUCUGACAGUGACUUCGUUGUCAUCGUUUUCUCUGGCGGAGUCUCCGUUGUACUCGUUUUCUCUAGAGGAGUCUCCGUUGUACUCGUUUUCUCCAGCGGAGUGUCCGUUGUCCUCGUUUUCUAUUACGGAGACUUCGUUGUACUCGUUUUCUCUGACGGAGUCUCCGUUGUCCUCGUUUUCUCUGACGGAGUCUUCGUUGUCCUCGUUUUCUCUGGCGGAGUCUCCGUUGUCCUUGUUUUCCCUGGCGGAGACUUCGUUGUACUCGUUUUCUCUAGAGGAGUCUCCGUUGUCCUCGUUUUCUCUGGCGGAGUCUUCGUUGUCCUCGUUUUCUGUGGCGGAGUCUUCGUUGUCCUCGUUUUCUGUGGCGGAGUCUUCGUUGUCCUCGUUUUCUAUGACGAAGACUUCGUUGUACUCGUUUUCUCUGGCGGAGUCUCCGUUGUACUCGUUUUCUCUGACGGAGUCUCCGUUGUACUCGUUUUCUGUGGCGGAGUCUCCGUUGUACUCGUUUUCUCUGACGGAGUCUCUUUUGUACUCGUUUUGUCUGACGGAGACUUCGUUGUCCUCGUUUUCUCUAGAGGAGUCUCCGUUGUCCUCGUUUUCUCUGACGGAGUCUCCGUUGUACUCGUUUUCUGUGGCGGAGUCUCCGUUGUACUCGUUUUCUCUGACGGAGUCUCCGUUGUACUCGUUUUCUGUGGCGGAGUCUCCGUUGUACUCGUUUCCUCUAGCGGAGUCUCCGUUGUACUCGUUUUCUCUGACGGAGUCUCCGUUGUACUCGUUUUCUCUGGCGGAGUCUCCGUUGUCCUCGUUUUCUCUGACGGAGUCUCCGUUGUACUCGUUUUCUCUGACGGAGUCUUCGUUGUUCUCGUUUUCUGUGGCGGAGUCUUCGUUGUCCUCGUUUUCUGUGGCAGAGUCUUCGUUGUACUCGUUUUCUCUAGCGGAGUCUCCGUUGUCCUCGUUUUCUCUGACGGAGUCUCCUUUGUACUCGUUUUCUAUGAAGGAGACUUCGUUGUACUCGUUUUCCUUGACGGAGUCUCCAUUGUCCUCGUUUUCUCUAGUGGAGUCUCCGUUUUACUCGUUUUCUCUGACGGAGUCUCCUUUGUACUCGUUUUCUAUGACGGAGACUUCGUUGUACUCGUUUUCUCUGACGGAGUCUUCGUUGUCCUCGUUUUCUCUGACGGAGUCUCCGUUGUACUCGUUUUCUGUGGCGGAGUCUCCGUUGUACUCGUUUUCUCUGACGGAGUCUCUUUUGUACUCGUUUUCUCUGACGGAGUCUCUUUUGUACUCGUUUUGUCUGACGGAGACUUCGUUGUCCUCGUUUUCUCUAGAGGAGUCUCCGUUGUCCUCGUUUUCUCUGACGGAGUCAACGGAUUCUCCGUUGUACUCGUUUUCUGUGGCGGAGUCUCCGUUGUCAUCGUUUUCUCUAGAGGAGUCUCCGUUGUACUCGUUUUCUCUAGAGGAGUCUCCGUUGUCCUCGUUUUCUCUGACGGAGUCUCCGUUGUACUCGUUUUCCUUGACGGAGUCUUCGUUGUCCUCGUUUUCUCUAGUGGAGUCUCCGUUUUACUCGUUUUCUCUGACGGAGUCUCCUUUGUACUCGUUUUGUCUGACGGAGUCUCCGUUGUACUCGUUUUCUCUAGAGGAGUCUUCGUUGUCCUCGUUUUCUCUGACGGAGUCUCCGUUGUACUCGUUUUCUCUAGAGGAGUCUCCGUUGUCCUCGUUUUCUCUAGUGGAGUCUCCGUUGUACUCGUUUUCUCAGACGGAGUCUCCAUUGUACUCGUUUUGUGUGGCGGAGUCUCCGUUGUACUCGUUUUCUCUAGAGGAGUCUCCGUUGUCCUCGUUUUCUCUGACGGAGUCUUCGAUGUCCUCGUUUUCUCAGGCGGAGUCUCCGUUGUCCUCGUUUUCUCAGACGGAGUCUCCAUUGUACUCGUUUUCUCUGACGGAGUCUCCGUUGUCCUCGUUUUCUCUGACGGAGUCUCCGUUGUACUCGUUUUCUCUAGAGGAGUCUCCGUUGUCCUCGUUUUCUGUGGCAGAGUCUCCGUUGUACUCGUUUUCUCUAGAGGAGUCUCCGUUGUCCUCGUUUUCUCUAGCGGAGUCUCCGUUGUACUCGUUUUGUGUGGCGGAGUCUCCGUUGUACUCGUUUUCUCUAGCGGAGUCUCCGUUGUCCUCGUUUUCUCAGACGGAGUCUCCAUUACGGAGUCUCCAUUGUACUCGUUUUCUCUGA